UAAUUUCCUUCUUCUUGUGUUAAACGAAGAACUGAAUGGAAGAGAAGAACACGAAGGCGAAGAAGAAACCAUCAAAGAAAAACGAAUUCGACUUCUGCAAAGUGUGCCGAUUCCAUCACGAUCAUGGACCUCGACACAAGUACUUCCCUCGCCACAAAGAGCUCCUCUCUGCUUUCCUCAAUCGAUUCCGAUCCAAAAUAGCCGACGUCAGAUUCUUCCUCAAAAACCCUAGCUUUCUACGGCCACAAGAGGAGUCUCAAAACCGUGUUUGGUGUGUCUUCUGCGAUGAGGACAUCGUCGACCUCGGCAGCUCCUUUGCAUGUUCAAAGGCAAUCAAUCACUUUGCAAGCUCGGAACAUCAUAAGAACAUCAAGCAGUUUCUGUGGAAACAUGGCCCGUCCAUGGAUUGUGUUGACGAUUUCAAAAUUUCAGAUGCUGAUGUAGCAAAGUGGGUGAGAAAAUGCACGGCGUUGGGAAACAAAGAUGCAUCUUCUUGCACAGGACAGCUUUCCAGGACAUCUAGUGAUAUCCACAAUAAAUUUGAGUUUGAAAGAACUGAAAAAGAAACACACUUUUUUAAUCCAAAUAAUUUAAAUGAUGUUAAGCCUUUACUGUAUAAUACGAAUGAGUAUCAGAUAUCACAUUCAGGAGUUACACAUUAUGGUUCACAUCUGAACGUGGAUGCUACUCAACUCCCUCCAGGUGUGAUUGGAAUGACUAGCAAUUCUUCCUCACACUCCGGCGAUUCUAGCGGCAACGUUCACUCUGGAGCUCCUCCUCCUUGGCUUACUCCAAACGAUGGGAAUAUCUUCAACCAAUCAGAAAUUACAAGAGUUCAGGAAAAGAUACCUGUAAAGACUACUAGUAAGCUGAACCCUCAUAGAGUUGGCGCUGCGUGGGCUGAAAGGAGAAAGAUUGAGAUGGAGAUGGAGAAGAGAGGAGAAGCAGUGAAUAGCAACACUGACGCAGACUGGCUUCCUAACUUUGGUCGAGUUUGGCAAUCAGGCACUCGUAAAGAUUCUAGAAAAGAAUUUGAGAAGGAAAAACGGAAGUUAGUUGUCACAGCUGAAAGCAUCUCUAUGGAAUCAGAAGAACAGAAGUUAGUCAAAACUGAAAGCAUCUCAGUGGAAUCAGAAGAACCAGUCCAAAUACAACCAUACGUUAGCAAACGAGCGCGAGCAAUGAAGAGUGGUGAGUGAUGGUUGUGGCGGCUGACAUUCAAAAUGGAAACAAGUACGGAUCAUUCAUGUUGAAAUUUUAUAACCCUCUUUUCUUGUCGAGCUCUGAAAGAAUUUUAGAGGCAUGUGAUCAUGGAUACUCCUUUGAAGUAGUGUAAGAAAAUGGAUACAUUUUUUUUGUUUUUGUACUGGAAUCUUAUGCAGUAAUAAUAAUAUUAUCGUAGAGAAACGCCUUUCUUCUACUA